AUGGAAAAUUCAAUUUCAAAAAUACCAAAUGAUCUUCCUGCUGCACGAAAGCAGUAUCAAGAAUUGUUAGAAUAUGAGCGAAAGUUAAAUAAACUUUUCAGAAUGCUGGAUAGAUUUUUAAAGGAGGGUAAACGAGGAGACUUAACGGAUGAAUAUUUAGAAGAUCAAAGGAAAAGGGCCGACAAGACAAGAAGAAAUAUGCUAGCUGAUAGGAACGCUUUGGAAGAAAAGUUCAAAGAACUUCAACAGGAUACAAUACUACAAAGUAAGAUGGCAUAAAAUAAUUAUGGCACAUACAUAUUACAAAAUAGACUGGGGGAUUGUAAAAACGUACAAAUAGUUGAUAUUCAACGAGUAGUAUUUAUCGCGUACAAGCGACAUCGUAAACAUCGAAAGAACGUAAACACACCAUUUAAUUCUGCUGUAUAAUUGGACAAUGCGAAUAUGGAAAUUGUUGUGUACAAGUAAUUGUUAUGUAUAAAGGAAUAUGAUUGGUGCAGUUUUUCCUAUCCGGACUGUUCUCAAACUCAAGCAGAUAACUAAGAAAUUGGAUCAACCUCUAUGGAUUUGACCGUGCAACAGCAACUAAAGUUGAGAAAAUGUGUUUAGAAUCUCCAUUUUCCAAUCUAUUACUAUCGUGAAAUACGAAUUAGAAAACUUAAACCGUAUCUUCACUGUCCACUCAGUAGAAAAGCGUUGAUUGAAUCAAAACACAUUCGCGAUAGCUAAUGAACACAAACCUGUUCUUUCGUAGCAACACUGAAUUUUUCAACUCCGAAGCUUUUCAUUCUUACGCUAUCCAGCUGAUACCAUGUAUUUGAAAAACGCAUAUACUGUUUUUACUGAAAAACUAUAUAUUUUUUCGUUUGUUUCUUGCCAGUUUUCAUAUUUGUGUUUUCUUUCAACGUUCCAAAUUUUGUUAGGCUCAUUUCGAUUACACAACGGCACACACCGUCACUGAUCUCAAGUUAAUUCUCAACAUUGUAUGUAAGUUUGGUGAAUUUAAUUUUACCUCGCUUUUCCAUGCCCUUCCAGCUAUAUGUCCGUUUUGAAGAUCUCGCGCAGUUUUUCCCCAUCCACCCGUAAAUAACAUGUACCUAUUUAAAUUGCAAAGGUCCUAGAAGAUUAGUUAUAACCAAACUGGUAUAUUUCGUAAAUACCUUAAUCUUCUCAAUUAGUGAUGAAGUUUUCAGAGUUGAUUUUAAAGGCUGUUUAUUGCUUUACGUUACAUAGGUGAAAGGAAUAAGAAUGUUGACUUUAAAAAAAAUCCACUGAAGUUGAUUCCCAAGCAGUCUCCAGUACAGAAAAUCCCAACGGCAAAAACCACCUCAUUCCCAGUGGUAUCAUUCCUCAAAGUUAAACUUGUUCAAAUUGCUCCAAUGCGGGAAAUACUACGAAUCGAGAAUGUUUCAUUAUUGGAAACACAAGAACUGCAGCCAUUUAAGCCGACAGUAAAAAGAGUUCUUAGUUGUGGAAUCCACGAAUGUAUUCAGACUACGAGUCGUGGAAAUGAAGGGAAGUAUUCCUUACAUGUGUCGAGCGAGACCGGGGCUCCACGUGUAAGUCUGAAUCUCUCUCUUUCCACGGCAAGAAGUCUGAAUCUUCCUUAUUCUUUCACAACUACUCGCCAACGAAUGAUGUUAACAUCAACAGCAUCAAAUAUACAGCAAUCACGUGCACUAGAAGAGCUGAUACCUUUAGAGCGAAGACCUGGGACUCACUGGUGGUGAAACAACCAUCCGCAACAAGAUGGACACUGCCACCUUCAUCAAAACCAUUAUCAAACUGUUUGUUAAUAAACAUGCCACAACCAUCAUCUCUGCUUUCUGCAUUCUUGUCACUGCAACAAUUGAUGCGUCGUCUGGAUUUUCCUUGUGCUUUCACAACUACUCGCCAACGAAUGAUGUUAACAUCAACAGCAUCGUCGAUGCAAAAACCACAUGCAUUAGAAGAGCUAAUGCCCUUAGAGCGAGGACCUGGGACUCUAAUGGUGGUGAUUAAAUCAUCCGCAGCGAGAUGGAACUCACUGUCAGUCAGUGUACGUACACUGCCACCCUCACGGAAACCACCACUGUUUCCUGCAUUUUUACCAGAGGAUGCUUCAAACUGUUUGUUGAUAAGUAUGCCACUACAUACAUCUUUGGUUUCUGCACUUUCGUCACUGCAACAACUGAUGCGUCGAAAGUUGCCACCAAUAGUGGAUUUACCUCUAGUAAGAGCUCUACCACAAUCAUCACGUUUUCCUGCAGUAUUCUCAACGUUAUUACCAGAGGAUAGUUCAAACGGUUUGUUGAUAAGUAUGCCACUACACACAUCUUUGGUUUCUACACUUUCGUCACUGCAACAGCCGAUGCGUCGAGAGUUGCCACCAAUAAUUGAUUUACCUCUAGUUGUAAGAGCUCUACCACAAUCAUCACGUUUUCCUGCAGUACUCUCAACGUUAUUACCAGAGAAAGUUCCAACAACUGCGAUAAAUUAUGGUAUCAAGAUAAACAGGGUACGAAGAGAAAGAUUGCCGCUGUCAAUAGUGACUGUACCACCGCAACCAAGACCACGUGGUGCAGAUGAAGAUAGUUUGGCGAUCUUAAAUCAUUCGGAAGAAGAAAUUAGUCAUGAGUUACCAGAUUCAAGCCGCAGCGAGAUAGUUGAAGUCACUGAUGUUGAUGAACCCUUGAAAAUAUCUGAUGUUCAGGACACUACAGCUUUCAAAUCAGGUAUGUAG